CAGUACACACCAUAAACCAUAGAACUCUUUCUUAUUCUUUCCCAAAAAACCUUUAAAUUGAAAUUCAGGCCUUCCUUACUCGGAGUCAAAAAUGGACAUUCAGACUAGUUGUUUUCAGAUUAUAUAAUAAAAGCAAGGAUGCUGGAUAAAAAAUUGAGCGUUUGUAACAUCAGAACUUAAGCUCUUAAUAAUUUUAACAUUUUAGAAAGAGAAGUAUAGAUCCUUUUUCUCUUGUUGUAAUGGAUUUUCUGGUUUGGAUGCUUUGAGGUAAAACUGUCCUAUACCAUGCUUACAGUAAGUUACCCAAAAUGCUAAGUUUUCAGUUUAAAAAUAGAUUAUGUAAGAGUACAAAAUAUGAAGUCAAACUGCCUACCAGAAGAAUUCAUGUCUGCUCGGUGAUAUGUUAACAUCAAUGGUUUAGAAUCAGAUCUAUUCUGUCUUGCAGAGUUUUGCAUUCCAACCAGUCAGUUUUCACAGGCUUUCUGAUUCAUGGUAAGCCUUUCCAAAUCCCUGCCAAGACCUUGAGAAGAUCCUGCUGUCUUUUCCACAUAUGUGGCUGGUUUGUUCACCUGUUGUGUGCCUUCUCAGGGAUCCCCUGUGCCCUGGGAUCUUGGGCUUGCUAUGUCUUUUCCUGUCUGCUCUCUCAUCCUGAGACUGUGGCAGCUUCCCCUGGCUGAAUAUGGUUAGCUGCCUCCAGGGAAAGGGACACUUUCUGUCUUUCAUAAGAUCUCACCUGAAAGAGUUCAACACACUGAACACAGCAAACAUGCAAUCUUCUUCAUGGGUCUUCACCAAAUGCUGAGUGUUUAAUUGAUGAAUAACUCACUCAGCACUGAGUACUACAUGUGUUGGGAACUCUGAGUGAGCAGAGCUGCCCUGGGGAUACCCCUGCACAUUCUGGGAUUCCUGACUUCCAUACAGGAAGACCAUAGCUGUCUUAAUGAGCACCUGGCAGGUUAAUCUGUUGUCUCUCCUUUCUGAUGUGACUGUAUGGGAACCUGGCAGAAUUCCCCAGCAACUGCAGUCUGCCUUGGGUUGCUGCAGUGGCCCCACAGCACUGCAGCUUAUGGUUCACUACAGGGUAGCUGCUUUGUGGUGAACCAUAGGAAGCCUGGCUUGAGACUGUUGCCAGCUGCUCUUUCCAAUGCUGGUACAGCUCCAGAGGCAGGAGAAAGGCAGGAUUCUACAAAUGUUAAGGCCAAGGAAAUCACAUAAAUCUAAAAAUCAGUUAUCUAAAAUAAACCGCAUCUUUUUCCAUUGCAAUUUUUCACCAAAGCUAAUAACCCCAUCCCAAGUGUUCUAUUUCUGAAGGACAUUUUACUUCCACAAGGAAUUAGCAUCUUCAGCCAAAGCUUGAACUUUCCCUGUGAUUAUUAAAUAUGAGAUGAAUUCCCUACCGGUCUCUCCUAUGCUGAGGACUUCAGUUCUUUUUUGAGGCAUAGUCAACCGUUCUGUUGUCCUGCCUGGUCAUCUAUCAUACCGUUUCAAAGCGCAUACUUACUGGCUGGUUUGCAUUGAAAGCUUAAUUUUAUUGAAAUUUGGCUGAUGUGACUAGACAGGAAUCUUGAAUUACAGAGGAUAACAAUUUUAAUAUUACACCAUCAGCAUAGUCUUGUGCUGUAGUUAUGUGCCCAUGAAUAGUUCUUUCUCUUUAUUAUACCUACGGUAUGUAUUAAAAACCAAUAUUUAUUUGUUGUUUUCAGUUGUUGUUAUCAAAUAUAGCAGUUAAAUAGCUUGAUCAAUGUGGCUAGCAAUAAAGACAGCCUGCAUUUGAUCGUGUGUUUUGAGGUGGUGCUGCUUUUUUGAUUUUUAAAAGGGCAUUGUCAUAAUGUAAGCCUGGAUGAACAUCUCAAAUUAUGUUAAGGGUUAUAAAGAUUAAAAACAAACAUCUUUUUCUGUUCAACUUAUAUAGAAAGUAAACACAGGAUACCGACAAAUGUGUAACUGCAAAGAAUCAGUGGAAAUCUGGUUAGCAUGAAGGCUACCAUUGGAAAUGUAGCAGUGACAUGAUUUGUAUUUGGUAUCUUAGCAAGAGCUUAAUAAGAAUCUAGGGAUAAUGACACUGUGGGACAGUCUAGCAAUCUGAGAGUUGCAGCUGCACUUUUUGUGAGAGUGACCAUUUGUCCUUCAGCCUCUCUAUUUAAUUGUUUUCUUUUUCUGUUUUUUCUUAGGUUAUGGUUACAGUGAGACAGAAGUAAUAUAUCUGAAUAAUAAUGCUACUUGAAUAUUUAUUACUUGACUGUUAAGCAGGUCAUUUUAAAUACAGGUCAUUUUAAAUUAUAAAUUGCUUUUGUAUGGCUGUAAGCCAAACCUUUCCUUAGGUAUUCUUGUUACAUGUGCAUUCUGUUUGGUUUUGUUUUGACUUGCUCUUAGUGCAUAGCUCUUGUUUUUUUAAUCAGUUCAAGAACCUUAGUAAUGGUAACUAGCUUGUGCUCUUAGGAGAAGGUUACUAAAUGUGUUUGCAACUUUUUUAGAACUGGAAAAGUUCAUUCUACCUUCUUCAGUGUGUCCAGUGUAUAAAGAGAAAUGUUACUGUUAUUUUUAUUAUAAUUCUGUGACAGGAGAAAAGAUCUCAUUGAAUGGGGUACAUAUAUGAAUUUUAAAGAUGAAGGUACAAAAGAUUUAGAACCUGCAAGCUAAAACUAAAGAAAAAAAUCAAUAAUAUUAAAGCUGGUUAAGCUUUAAAAUAGUAUUUUUCCUAUCACUUGCAGUUUUAAAGUCAAGCUCUGGGUAACUUUCUAGAGAGAUUCAUUGGCUUAAUUGGAGACAAUAGCUGCUUGCUUGUUUGUUUUGGUGGGGUGAUAUGUGAAAGUUAUAGAAGUCAAUUUAUAUAAUGCCUAUUCUUCCACUUGGUAUUGAAAUAGUUUGGGGAUCCAUAUGUAUGAAUGAUUACAAAAUUUAUCUGAAUGGAGUGUAAAGCAAGGGAGUAAUGGUCUGCACUAGUAAAGACAAAGUCAUCUGGACUAGUCAGCAUGGAUUCACUGUGGUGAAGUCAUGCUUGACCCACUCAAUAACCUUCCAGAAUGAUAUGACUGUCUUGGUAGAUGAGAGGAGAGCAGUGGACACUUGCCUAGCUUGGCUUCAGCAAGGCUUUUGGCACUGCUUCCAAUAAGAUCCUCAUAGAGAAGCUGAUGAAAUACAGGCUGGCUGAGCGGACAGUGAGGUAAAAACUGGCUGAAUGGCCAGGUCCACAGAAUGGUGGUCAUUAAUUCAAAGCCUAGUUGAAGUCUGGAAGCUAGUGGUAUACCUGGGAGUGAGUACUGGAACCAGUCCUGUUGAAUAUCUUCAUUAAUGAUUUGGAUGAUGGGGCACAUUUGUUGAUGAUACAGAACUGGGUGGACUGGCUAGUACACCAGAGGGUCAUGCUGCUGUCCAUAAAGACCCUAACAGCCUGGAGAAAUGGGCUGGCAGGAUAACAAGGUGGAGUGCCAAGUCCUGCAUCUGAAGAGCAAAAACCCCAGACAGCACCAGCAUAUGCUUGGGGCUGCCCAGCUGGAAAACAGCUUGGCAGAAAAGGCUCUGGCUGUCUGGGUGAGCAUGGGCCAGCUCUGAGCCCUUGCAGCAAAGACUGAUGGUAUCUUGGGGCUACAUUAGAGUGUUGCCAUCAGGUGAAGUGAGGAGAGCCUUUCUCAUUACUCAAGCCUAAUGAGGCUAUACCUGGAGUACUGUGUCCAGCUCUAGGCUUUGCAAGUGAGCUGUGGCCAUAGCAGAGUGCCAAUCAAAGAGGUCAAAGAUGAUUAGUGACUAGAGUGUGUCUCUCAUGAUGAAAGGCUUGAGAAAGCUGUGACUGUUCUGCUUGUGGAAGAGGAGGCUCGGGAGUGGUCUCCACAAUUACGGAGGCAAUGGUCACACACAAGAGAUUCCCUCCGAACGUCAGGAAACACUUUUUCGUUUUGAGAGUGACCAAGUGCUGGCAAAGGUUAAACCAAAGCCUUUAUCCUUAGAGAUACACAGAAGCCAUCUAGAUGUGAUCCUGGGCUUUUAUGCUCAGGAUGGCCCUGUUUGAGUAGAUUUGGACCUUGUGUAUUUCUGUCUUCCUGAUUUAAAUAAAAUAAUACAAUUGACUUUGUUCUAUGGAAGAAAAAAAAAGAGUUUAUUAAAAAUAAAAAGGCUGCUUACAAGGGCUUUUAUGCUCUCGUCCACACAACUGUUAGCUUCAGUAUAGGUCUUCAAGGAAGAGAAUGAGUGAUAUACCUAUUGCUUGGCUGAAGAAAAAUGCAGUGUUAACUGCAGGGAAAAUUUUCUAGGGUAGGCAUGUAAGACAGGAAGGCACUGGCUGUAUCAUACCGUUCUUUACUUUGAACAAAAAGACUAAUCAUUGUUGUCAGUCCAACUUUUAAAAUAAAGCCUUAAGAAUUUUUCUUCUGUCAAACAACUGUAGAGCAGUAGAAAUAACAUCCAAUUCAGAAAUUGUUAUAAUAGUGAGCUAAAUAUUUGAGUAUAUUCUUCUGUAUUCUUAGCAUACUUCCAUGUUAGUAUCUUCAAACUGCAAGGGUUCUAUUAUGUAACAAUAUUAAAGCUGUAUUCUGCAAUAAAUUAUCGCUUUAAUAGUUGUAUUACAGUGCCAAAAUAUUGCAAGAAAAUGACCAUUUUCCAAAUAGCUUUCAUGUAUUUUUGGAAAGGUUAUUGCAAUCCCUUGCCCUAAAACCUUGGAUGAGAAACAUGUAAUUGUUAUUCUUUAGAGUGUGACUUGAUUUUCGUACUAUUACCAUUCAGCUUUGGAGGAAAAUUGACUCUUGGUAGUGUGUCUCACCUUGCAUACAACAUCCAGAUUUUCAUUUCAUAGUUCAAUUGAGACAUUCUUAUCAUGUUUCAGAACUGUAGAAGAAGUAACCAUGAGGCCAUGAGAAAUCCAGCCUUUAAAUCAAGAUGUUUGAAAGUAUAGAUGAACAUUUUCUCUGCAUGUGUCUUUUAGGGGAGGAAAAAGUUCAACAAAUGUUGGUAUCCAAAAUGAAUUUUUCCAAGAAAAUUUGUUGCAAGUAAAUAUGGAGUAACAGCAAGAGCUUUUUUGUUGUUCUGGUUUUGGGGUUUUGUACCUCCCUCCCUGCUGUUUUUCAUGAGCGUCCUACUUUGCCUCAGCAAUCUUUUGGUGUUUUUCUGGUUCACCGAAAGUGCUACGGAGUUUUGCAUUUUAACAGGGUCAAAAUUCUGCCUUGCACAGUAGACUAAACCUUAAUUUUGUGUUAUUAUAGUGAUAGCUGUUUUAAAUUCAAAAAGAUGAAAGAUACUGUAGUUUUUUAGACUGCACUCUACUUCCCCAUUAAGUGCUUAAUCAUUUAAUUCAUGGAGCUAAUUUAAAGUUAAGAAACUACUGUAAAACUACAGUAUGUCUUUUUUUUCAAAAUGCUUUUCCUGUCAUGCUGACUUGUUCCAGUAAGAGAACUUCAACAGGACAAAAAUAAUGUUUUAUUGUGUGAGAAGUACCUUAGACACCUUGUUUCUGAACUUUCAUCCCUAAAGUUUUAUUGAGGAAGGUGUGAAAAUAAAGUUGUACUCACUUGCUUUUUUCAUUUGCUUCUUGCAGUAUAACCUUAAAAGAUGUUCUGAAAUGAUCAUCUGCCACUAGUCUGUAUUACAGUAUUUGGAGGUUGACAAAACUUCACUUAGUGAGGGCACUUCAACUUGCUUCUAUUCCUGAAGUAAAAGGCCUUCAAAAAGCAGCCCUGCACAAGAGCCAUAAAGAGUUUAAAGCUGUCCCUUCAACUAGUAGUUGCAGCAGUUUAAAUUACCAGAUGACUAAUGGUGACAAUAUGAGCAGAUCUCAAAUGGAGUAUACCCAGGCACUUGAGAAACACUCCAGCCAGAGUGCUGUGAGCCCAGCUGCUUGCAGAUGUACCAGGGCUCCUGCCUGGCAGGGGAAAUUGCUGCUUCCAGAGGGCAGUUGUUUUUUCUGGACUAGGUGCUUUCCCCACUUUCCUGGUUGCACGGUGGGACUUUUCCCACUGCUGCUGGUGCCCAGAUGGUCUCCUUGCGGGAGGAGCAGCCUGAGCCAUUCUGUGGAAGAGAAACCUGAUUGCUCCAAGGCUCGCUGUGAAGUCCAGUUUUCUCCUCGAUGUCCAGAAGAUUCCAUCUUGAUUGAAGGCUAUGCACCUCCUGGUGAAUGCUGUCCACUCCCAAGCCGCUGUGUGUGUAAUCCUGCAGGCUGCUUGAGGAAGGUUUGCCAGCCUGGCUAUUUGAAUAUAUUGGUUUCUAAGGCAUCAGGAAAGCCAGGGGAAUGCUGUGAUCUCUAUGAAUGCAAGCCAGUGUUCAGUGUGGAUUGCAGCACAGUCGAAUGUCCUCCUGUUCAGCAAGUUGUUUGCCCCCUGGAUAGCUAUGAAACCCAAGUCAGGCUGACGGCCGAUGGCUGCUGCACCCUGCCCACAAGAUGCGAGUGUCUCACUGGUCUCUGUGGUUUCCCCAUGUGCGAGGCAGGCUCCGUGCCCCAGAUAGUCUCACGUGGAGAUGGGACGCCUGGCAAGUGCUGUGAUGUCUUUGAAUGUGUCAACGAAGUGAAGCCAACUUGCAUAUUUAACAGCAUGGAAUAUUAUGAUGGAGACAUGUUUCGGAUGGAUGCUUGUCGAUUUUGUCGGUGCCAAGGGGGAGUCUCUAUUUGUUUCUCUGCCCAGUGUGGUGAGCUACACUGCGACAGGUACUAUGUGCCAGAAGGAGAGUGCUGCCCAGUCUGUGAAGACCCACUUUAUCCAGUCAAUAACCCUGCUGGCUGCUAUGCCAAUGGGCAGAUCCAAGCUCACGGGGACCGCUGGCGAGAGGACGACUGCACAUUCUGCCAGUGCAUCAACGGGGACCCGCACUGCGUGGCCACGGCCUGCGGGCAGAGCUGCCUGAACCCUGUCAAGGUCCCUGGAGAGUGCUGCCCCGUCUGUGAAGAACCAACGUAUAUCACAAUAGGUCCGCCCACCUGUGAGGCUUUGGUGAACUGCACUUUGACUGAAAAAGACUGUAUCUAUAGCUUCAAACUGGACCAAAAUGGUUGUCGCAUUUGUCAGUGCAAAACUAGGGAGGAGCUGUGCACCGGCCUCAUUUCGGGCUGUUCCUUGGAGUGUUCCUUCGGCUUCCAGACUGACGCCCACAACUGUGAGAUCUGUCAGUGCCGGCCGCGGCCCAAGAAGUGCAAACCCAUUGUAUGUGACAAGUACUGUCCCUUUGGAUACUUGAAGAACAAGCAUGGCUGUGAAAUCUGUCGGUGUAAGAAGUGCCCCAACCUGCCUUGUGGUAAAAUCUGUCCAUUGGGCUUCCAGCAGAACAGUCAUGGCUGUGUUAUCUGCAAGUGCAGAGAGGCAACAGCUUCUCUUAUGCCUCCUGUUAAAUCAGGCUCCUGCCUGUCCAUGGAUGGGCGCCGGCAUGAGAAUGAGGAGAGCUGGCACGAUGGCUGCAGGGAAUGUUACUGUCAUAACGGACGGGAAAUGUGUGCCUUGAUCACCUGCCCCGUUCCCAGCUGUGGCAACCCUACCAUACAUCCAGGGCAGUGUUGUCCAUCAUGUCCAGAUGAAAUAAUAGUGCAAAAGCCAGAGCUCACCAGUCCAUCAAUCUGUCAUGCUCCUGGUGGGGAAUACUUUGUAGAAGGAGAGACAUGGAACAUUGAUUCUUGCACACAGUGCACAUGCCACAGUGGACGUGUCCUGUGUGAGACUGAAGUCUGUCCACCCCUUCUUUGUCAAAACCCCACCCGCACACAGGACUCCUGCUGUCCACAGUGCCCAGAUGAGACGCUUCAGCCCUCUCCAUCAAGCAACGAGAGCAUGCCCAGUUACUGCAAAAACGAUGACGGAGAUAUUUUUCUGACAGCUGAGUCCUGGAAGCCCAAUGUCUGCACUAGCUGCAUUUGCAUGGAUGGUGUGAUUAGAUGCUACUCCGAGUCUUGCCCACCAGUAUCCUGUGAGAGACCUGUUUUGAGAAAGGGACAGUGUUGUCCUUACUGUAUUGAAGAUACAGUUCCAAAGAAGGUGGUCUGCCACUUCAGCGGCGAAACCUACGCAGAUGAGGAGCGCUGGGACAUCGACAGCUGCACACACUGCUACUGCCUGCAGGGUCAGACUCUCUGCUCCACUGUCAGCUGCCCACCUCUGCCUUGUGCUGAACCCAUCAAUGUGGAGGGAAGCUGCUGUCCCAUGUGUCCAGAGAUGUAUGUACCUGAACCCACUAACAUCCCCAUUGAGAAGACAAAUCAUCGAGGAGAUGUUGAACUAGAAGUACCAAACUGGCCGACACCGAGUGAAAAUGAUAUAAUCCACAUUCACAGAGACAUGAACCAUCUCCAGGGAGAAUACCGGAGUGGCAGUGGGCCACACCCCAGUGAAGAUGCAUCCGUCAGCUCUGUUGCCUUGGUGACGAUCCCAAUCACGAUAGCGCUGUUACUGAUCAUCGUGCUCCUGCUUAUCAACCAGAAAAAGCAGUGGAUUCCAGUGUCCUGCUACAAAGCUCCAACAAAGCCUUCUUGCCUAAACAAUCAACUGGUAUAUGUGGACUGCGAGAAAGGUACCAGGGUCCAGGUGGACAGUUCUCAGAGGAUGCUAAGAAUUGCAGACCCAGAUUCAAGAUACAGUGGAUUUUACAGCAUGCAGAAACAGAACAACCUACAGGCAGAUAAUUUCUAUCAAACAGUUUGAAGAAUUGCACCCUUGCCAAGGAUUUAAGAAAGAGAGCGAGAGAGAGAGAGACAGUCUGCUAUUAAAAUAAAACUAGAAUUGUGCAGUUGCUUAGUGGAUUGUAUUGGAUUUGUGACUACAUGUACAGCUCUAAGACCUUUCUGGGAUGAGCUCUGACUCCUGCAAUGUGCCAGAAAAAGCAUUCCCACUUUUCCUUGAGAUAACUGACCAAGUGUUUUCUUAGAACCAAAGUUUUGAAACUUGUUAAGAUGUAUUUGCUUGUAACAUAGCUAUAGAGGUUUUUUGGGAGGGGGAAUCAGGGGCUAGGGUUAGGCAAUGAAGUAAAAGGAAGCUUCAGAGAAGAAAAGCUGGUCAUGCUUGGCUGGAGACAAAAAUAUACUGCUGAGCAGCAGGAUAGUGGUUUAUCUUGUUGCUCUGAAAUUACAUCUGUUGCAGCAAAAGCCUAACCCCCGGUGAAAAAAAAAAUGAAAAGGUCUGAUUAUUUUUUUUCCAGCUGUUGCUACAGUAAUAUACUCCUAGAACAGAAUUUGUCACAUCACAGGUGUGGUGUAGCUGCAAAUAUUUUUCUAUAUGAUGAGAAGCUGCAGUAGUUAACGAAAUAGCAAGGAAAAGAUUAUAGCAGAAAAUAAAGGGUGGGUUUAUUAAGGAUGUAUAAAAUUAUACCUUGUGCUGCUUUUUGUUUUUAUUUUUGUUUUUAUUUUUGUUUUCUUCAAAGCUGAUUGGCUAGAUUAGCCAGACUUCAGCAGAGUUAGCAAAUGACUGAGGCCUAAGUAAUUCCUGAUAUGAGCACUGGAUCUUUUGACAGCAGUAUUGAAGGGAGGAAGGAUGGAAGGAAAAGUCAAGAACACCAUGCAGUUCCAGGGGCUUUUGUUUGUUUGUUUUGUCUGUUGUGGUUUUGUUUUGUUAUUUUAUAUCAAUCUCUGGUUGUUCAUACAGGAGAAGGAAAAAUAUUUUUGUUGGACAAAGCUCUUGCGUACAAGAGAGUAAAAAAGAGACUGUUUUAAGGUUGUUGUUUUUUUUCCUGUUGAUGUUCUUAUUUACUGGUAUGCAGAUUUAGAAACUACUUCCAUGCUAGGAAGCUGCUUAAUUUUAAUUGUAUAUUACUCAAGCACCUUUUUUGAAGCUCAGAAAAAAAAAAGGAGAUCAUGCUUCUUUAAACUUUAGCAUUAUAGGAAUAUUUAUGUAAAUAUAAUUAUGCUAAAAACAACAAAAAGUAUUUGUAUGUUUGUGUAUAUAUAUGUAUAUACAAAUGCAUGUAAGUAUACCUAUGUAUAUAUACGUGCAUGUGUAUAUACACUAUACAUAUAUAUACUGUAUAUAUAAAAUACUAUGUAUACAGUAUAUAUUUUUUCUAUUUUUUUUCUUGUUGAAUGUAUUUUUAUCUGAGAGAGAUUUUACCCAGAGCAGAAACAGAUAACAGGCAUUCCAUAUCAAUGCUUAAUUGCUUGUGAGUUUAGGAAAGACAAGAAAAGAGCAUCUCAUUCUACCUACAGUUUGAUUUUAUUUGAUUUUUUGAUUUGAUUUGAACGUGUUUGUGUGUGUGUGUGCGUGUGUGCGUGUGCACUCUUGUGUUGGCGUGUGUUCAGUUCGUGCACGAUUAUAGCAGUAAGCGUUGCUCUUGCUACUUGCUACAUUUCAGGGUGUUUCUUAUUUUUCUUUUCCUGCUUAGCCUUAAAAAGGCUUUUUAUUGAAUGCAUUGGCUAGAGACACUGAUGACAAUAUACAUGCAGCACUAAUCAACUCCAUAAAAUAACACAAUCAGCUCCUGGAUUUCGGUUGUUUUUUUUUGUUGUUUCUUUUUUUUUCUUUUUUUUUUCUUUUUGCAAACAAUUGUUUGAAACAACUACUGGAAUAUUGUCUGCAUUAAGCUGGAAGUUUGUUGUAGCUUGCCUCAUUUAUAACUCUGACUGUAUAAUACAAUGUUAACUUUCCAAACAGGUCUUGGCACUUUUAUACUAAUUACCCAUUUGUGCAUUGCCUUUUUUCUUUUACAAAUGCUUGUCAUAAGAGACACAGAUACCCAGUAUGCUUAAUGUGAAAAGAAAAUGUAUUUUUUGUAAAGGAACUCUCAAGUAUUGUUGUAAAUACUUGGUCAGAGAUUGCUGAACUUUAAAACUGAAAAAAAAAAAAACCUAAUUUAUUAUUAUAAUGACCUAAUUUAUUAAUCUGAAGAUUAACAAUUUUUUUUGUUUUAGAAUAUCAAAAAGGUGUUCUAGCUGUUUGCAUCAAAGAAAAAAAUAGGUGUAUCAUUAAGGGUCAACAUUUUUUCUGCUUCAUUUUCUUCAGUUUCCAACCACCAAUAAGAAAAAAUGUAGUCUCCCCAGUGUUUUGUACUCAACCUGAUAAUGAAACAGAGAUGUUUCUGUCCAGUAACUACAGAGAUUUUGUCAAGACAAAACAUCCAUUCCUUGCAUAAGAGUAAGCAGUCUUUAUCCAGAAAUUGUAAAUGCUUGCUUUUGUUUUACAAUCAAGGCCAUAUUCUGAAAAUAUUAGCAGGAUAUAGGACAUGGUGUAAAAUGUUUUUAUUAUUAUUAUUUUAUUAUUAUUAUUUUAAAGAUAUGAUUUAUCCUAUGUGCUGUAUCCAUUACACUCUUUUACUUUGGUUCCUGUUGUGCUCUUGUAAGAGAAAUGCAGAUAUAAUUUUCUGAAAAAUAGAUGCAUAUGUGGCACUCGGAGUGCACUGCGGUUCAGCAGAUUGCUUGUUUACUUUUUUAACUGUAAGGCGGUUUCUUGUAAUUUGGCUCUUGGCAGCACAAUAAAAAAUUUUAAACCUA